AUGUCAGCAACUCCGAUGCCAUCUGGGUUUGACUAUGCAGAUGCUCCCAUUGAGUUAGCCUGGUCGUCUCAGCGACCCGAGCUCCGUGAUGAAACAGAGGAUUGGAUGGGUGUGACCAAUCCAGUGGAGAGGCGAAAAUUACAGAACCGCUUGAACCAGAGGGCACGGAGGAGCCGUGCACAAAAGAAAAAUGCCCAAGCCAGACAGCCCCGCCGUGUUAUCAUACCAGAAGAGGCCAACGAGAGCGACACGUCGGGUCGUGAAGGCAGUUGCAGCACAUCCGACCUAUCCCUAGACGAUCUUAGCAACCCAGAUGUCGCCAUAGCGCAGAGGUCAUGCAUGGCUGCCCACCCCAAGGUGCAGGAACUCAUGCGCCGCUUUUCCGAACAUGCCUACGCCAGCUACAUGCAAGGCACACCCGCCCUGUCCCACUUACCGCUCCUACUCAAAUACAACGUCGCCAGCGGUCUCGCAAGAAACGCCGAUAUCCUGGGAGUCACUGCGCAGUACUACGAUUGGUAUGGCAUCUCGCCACUCAACAAACAAGGCCCGCUCCUAGGUUCCGACGCAGGGGCAGAAUGGCCAGCAUGUCUCCAACCCACCGAACUACAAAGCUCAAUAGAGCAUCAUCCUUGGCUGGAUCUCUUCCCGUGGCCAAAAGUGCGAGACAACAUGCUGCAAGCUUUCCAACGCACGGAGCCUAUCGACUACGAAGAUGCGCUAUGCCAUGAUAUCUGCGAGUACAAUCAUCUAGAACGUAAUCCGAUAUUGAUCGUCUGGGGACCUCCCGAGGACUAUCGCAGUUGGGAGAUCGAUCCGAUAUUUCUGGAGAAGUGGGGCUGGCUGCUAAGUGGAUGUCCGGAGGUGUACGAAACGACGAAUUACUGGCGUGCGACACGAGGCGAGAAGCUAUUUACGCCACAGCAGUGGCAUAAUGCCAUACGGAGCAGUUUGCCGGAAGACUUGCACUAG